AUCCAUAUUUGUUGAAAAAUAACUUCAUUAACUUGUAGCAGAUUAUUAUAAGUACAUUGAUAUUACUUGGUUUAACUUCCAAUACAUCCCUUAAAUGGAGAAUUUUAUAAUGAGAAACCUCUAUGAUGCAUCAAUAAAAGGAUGUGUAAGUACCUUAAAAACACUUCUCCAAAGAGACCCUCUUAUUCUAAACAGAAUUUCACUCUAUCCAUUCUCUGAAACACCAUUACACAAUGCUUCUUUGCUUGGACAUUUAGAGUUAUGUCAGUUUCUUCUUGGCAUAAAUCCAAAUUUAGCAUCUGAAGUGAACUCAGAAGGACAUUGCCCUCUUCAUUUAGCUUCUGCUAAAGGACACACUGAAAUAGUGAAAACUCUGUUGUUAACAGACUCGGAAACUUGCUUGAUAAGAGACAAAGAUGAUAAGGUUCCUCUUCAUUUUGCUGUAAUGAGAGGACGUGUAGGAGUUAUUAAGGAGUUGAUUAGUGCAAUGCCAGAAACAGAAAUAAUUAGGGUGAUGUCUGAGAGUGAUGAUCAUGGUUCCAUUCUUCACUUGUGUGUUCUCUAUAACCAUCUAGAGGCCUUGAAAAUCCUAGUGGAAUCAGUGAGAGGUGAUAUUGAUCAAUUCUUAUGUUCUAAAGCCAAAGAGGGUAACACUAUUUUGGAUUUAGCUGUCAAACGAGGACAGAUUAAGAUUAUUAAGUACUUGCUCUCACUAUCUGAAAAGAGUGAGACAAUAAACACUUCCAAAACAGAAGCUUUAAGAGCUUUACAUAAGUUGGAGCAUUGUCCAAGAGAUUUUAUAAGCCAUACAAAUGAACACAUUUUGACUGAACAAGAAGCUCAAACAUCUACAAAUAUAGUCAUUGCACAACAAUCACUUUCUCUACCACCAAGAUUCAUUUCACAACAAAAUCGUGCAACCCCACCAAACAAUGAUCCUCCACAACCACCACAAUCUUUACCAAGAAACAAUCCUCUACAACAAGCUCAACCAUCAUUUAUUCAUCCUCUAGAAAUAACAAAUCCCUCACCGCACAAUAAUCCUUCACAUCCACAACCAUCAUCUCAUGAUCCCUCACCAACCAUUGACCCUUCUAAUCCACCAUCACAAUUUUCACCAACACCAAGCAUAACAAAUGAACUACACAAUAAUAGAUGGGACAGGUUUGAGAACUUCUGCAAUACAUACCUAAUAAACCAAGGUUAUUGGAUCGAUAAAAAGACGAAAGAACAAUUAAUGGUAGCAGCAACAGUGAUUGCAACAAUGACAUUUCAAUCAGUAAUAAGUCCACCAGGUGGUGUUUGGCAAGAAGACACAACAAAGGGUGGUUAUGCUUGUCCUGACUAUGGUUUCUGUGAAGCAGGAACAGCAGUUGUAGGCUAUGUUUGGUCACCAGAUUUUCUCAAAUUCAUUUUCUUCAACUCUGCCUCUUUCUUUGCUUCUCUAUGUGUCUUGUUGGUUCUUGUAAGUGGGUUUCCUCUUCACAAUAGAGUCAUAGUGUGGUUAUUGGCAGUUUUAAUGAUUGUUGCAAUCACAUGCAUGUUGCUUACUUACAUGUGGGCAUUGGGAUUAGUGAGUCCUAAUCAUAUCUUUUAUAGGAUUCGUGACUUGGGUUAUAUCUUGGUUGGAAUUUGGUCUUUUUUACUUUUUGUUGUUUGUUUCAUUCAAAUAAUUAGAAUAGUGUUUUGGAUUAGGUCUAGGCGCAGGGAUUCCACCAAUGUUGCACUUUGAAUUAUAAUUUCUACUGUAGUUGAAUAAAUGCACAAGAUGAUGUUGAUCCAGUUUAUGAUUCCUUUGCUGGCUUCUCCA